AGUUUGAACGUUGAACCCGAACGACGGCUAUGAGUUGGUCGGGCUUCAUGGGUCUCGAUCGAUGUCAUGUAGAUGACGGUGACGGAGGACAGCUCUCGGGCCUUUGGAGAGGAGGGGGGAGGACGUCAUAAGUCUGAGAUAGUACCACUGACACGGUGUAGUGGCAACUGAACUUGGAAGUUUUUCGAACAAGAAACGACGUCGAAAGAAAACGAAAACAAAAAAUCGUACUGCAUGAGACCACUGCCCUGACCUCUAUCCAAGUGCACAGUGCACAGCAAAGACAUGUUCUCGGUUAAUUAUCCCAGCACGAAAGCCCAAAGGCGAUAAGCAGAUGCUAAAGUCAGAUAAAGGUCUUAGUCUUGGAUGGGAUUUCAGAUGCGUCUACGUGAUUGCACCAUUAAAGAAAACAUCGGCAACGAUACUCGGGAAUCAGCUCGACGUCGUGACAGCGUCGCAACUGACUACACAAAUCACAAAACAGUCCAACGACGAAGACGCGUGAAUCCAUGAUAUGCGAGUCUAUCACUCGAGAGGGUC